CGCUCGGUGUUCGAGUACAUAUUGAGGCGCUCAGGCCCGGGAUUGAAAAUGAUCGAUCGUCGGCAUUGCCUAGUAUGGACAUAACCUCGAAGGCUCCCGACGCGCCUUGCCUGUCCUGUUCCUCUGCUUCCUUCUCGUCCGUCGUUGUCUGCUGGCAAGAACGAAUAUGGUGGUCCUGUUACGAUUCGCACCGUCGCCGACAGGUGCACUUCAUCUCGGUGGCUUGCGUACGGCGCUCUAUAACCACCUCUACGCACGGAGACUGGGCGGAAAGUGGAUUCUCAGGAUAGAAGACACCGAUGCUACCCGAGCUGUACCUGGCGCUGUCGAUGGCAUUCGUUCAGCUUUGGAGUGGGCUGGCCUGGAAUAUGACUAUGGACCCGGUGUAGGCGGUCCUCACGCACCUUACUAUCAAUCGGAACGCCUUGAUCUAUAUCACACAUACGCUCACAAACUCCUGGAUUCAGGACAUGCGUAUCGUUGUUUCUGUUCCGCUGACACACUCGCUGCUACUCGCGAACGUUUGGCUCGUACGGGCUCCAAUGCGACCUAUGACAAGGCUUGCCUCAACCUCACGGAGGAGGAGGUCAUGCGAAGGGUACGGGCCGGGCAUAAGCAUGUCGUCCGUUUGAACGAUUCAAAUCUCCCUAAUCGCCCUGCGCAGGCGGAUCUCAUCUUCGGACAUGUCAAGGAUGCACAUGCCUCCCUUCCGACUGAUCCUGUUCUCCUUAAAAGUGAUCUAUUCCCGACUUAUCACCUAGCGAGCGUAAGUGAUGACCAUGAGAUGGGUAUCACACAUGUUCUACGGGGUGAGGAGUGGCUUCCCUCGCUACCCCUCCAUCUCGAUCUUUACGCAGCACUCAACCUUAAACCCCCUCACUUUGCCCAUCUUCCCCUAAUGCUGAACAGAGAUGGAAGCAAAAUGAGUAAACGUAAAGGCGAUGUACAAGUGCUAGACUACCAAAGACGUGGUUGGGAGCCAAUUGCAGUGCUAAACUGGCUCGCUUUGGCUGGUUGGGGGACGGCCGCAUCCCCUUCACAUACUGGUGCUGCAGAGUCGGAUACGCCACCGCCAAUUCCUGUGCCUUCGAAGAAGGCGAAGAAAGCUGCACCAGACAGUACGGCUGUUAUGACGUUGAAUGAACUCAUUCAUAACUUUGAUUUGUCAUCGCUGACCCACCGCCGGACAGUACUCGACCCGAAUAAACUUGAGUACUUGAAUAAACAUCAUCUUAUGCGAAUAGCAGAGACAGAUGAGGGCCUUACUGCCUUGGCAGAAAAAGUGCACGACGUUGUCAAGGCUGCGUUCCCUACAAGUCCAUAUACCAACGUAGCGUACAUCAAGGACGUCAUUUCUGCCCUUGAGGGUCGAAUAGUAAACAUUCGUGACUUACCCAUAUACGGAGCCUAUUUCUUCCUCGAACCUUAUUUCCAAGGCGACGAAGCGAUAAAAAUGAGGAAACGGUUGGACGACGUUGAAUAUCGUAAGUUUUUUCCACCCUCUGUGGCUUCUUAUUAUAUGUUGGUUUGUUUUGUAGGUACGGUACUUGAAAGCCUCAUCCAGCGUUUAUCAUUGGAAGACAGCACAAAAUGGUCUGAGGAUACUAUCCGUCAGCUUCUUCAAGAUGAGGAGUCGAAAGUGGGUUUGAAGCAAAAGACGUUCAUGAGUGUUUUGAGGCAUGCAUUGACCGGUUCAAGCGUACGAGCUUCAUGCUUCGCUUUCUUGUUCGAAAUUAACCCACUGCUAUUUGUCGAUAGGCUGGACCGAGCGUCGCAACCAUCAUGAAAAUCUUGGGUCAGGACAGGAUCAAGGAAAGGCUGAAGACUGCUUUGGCACAUUGAACAAUAGAGCUCGGCAUAUCAGGGUCAAUUCACACGUUGCAUCACGCCGCAUUCAGUACCAUACUAUCUUUGAAUGCUCUCAUUUCACGUUCUGGAACGUGAACAAAUAAGACGUUGAAAUGUAGGCUACACAACGGGUCGGUUGAUGGAGUACUAUACAUUGUGAUUGUGGUCGAUGUGAAACAGUCCUUGUCGUUCUAUCUAUGAUGAGGGUUGCCGUGAAUCAUCUACAAACCAAGGGUCCUAGAGAAAGCAGUGACGAGAGAGAUUAUCAUUCAAGGAGCUCAUAAUCAUAGAGUUUCCCAUCCACCCUGGUCUACCGUUGACUCGAGCUUGCGAGCGAUCGUGGUGGGUAUUCCAUGAGUGAGCCACAGUCUGCGAACCUCUUCCCACCGAGCAUGGUGCAGAUAUUGUCUGCGGCCACGACUGCAAAAAAAGGGCAAUGAGUAAUCAAUGAAGGCGGCUGGCGCACUAGUUAUGUAUACAUACCGCAUGUUGAUAUCGAGUUCGCCAUGUACGUCGAGGUAGGGUGACUGCGCGAAUGUGCCACUGUUCGCAUACAGGAACAAGAUGGAACAGCGCUUUGGCAGAAAAUAUAUGCCAAUGGGACCCGAACAGCUACACACACAUGCCAGAUGUCAGUUCAUACUCAAACCUCAAAAGCUUAAUUGGACUCACGUUCGUUCAUGGAGGUUGCAUUCACCCCGAUGAGCAAUUGGCGAAGCUUCCAUGCAACAGUGCGACUGCAGACAACAUGACGUUCCGCACAUCAAACAUAUUGCCGCGUCCUGCGGGACGGUUUUGCAAUUCGGGCAUAUCAGCAGCUUCUCUUGUUCCAGGAACAGAUGAUCAAAAACAACGGGAAGUCUUGCGAGACGGUAAAUGGUGGGGUAAUCCAGAUAGAUUCCGCUGUUGAGCUGAGCAGCUGCAGGGGAGUGACCGUAGUGCGAGCACCA